CUCAACACUACCUCUGAUGAUCCUCAACUCUCAGAUAAAGAGGACGACAUAGUGGCGCCCACUCAGUAUUCAUGGCAACUGUUGCCAGGCGACCCUCACUACAACGAGAACCUACGUACAGAGUUUUGCUAUGAGGAGAGUCCCAGUACCACACUGUGCAUGGUCAUACUGGACUUACUGAGUGAUGCUAAAGCCUGUGCUGGCUUUAUACUUCACUGCUGUCAUAAUGUGUCAAUGCAACUGGUGGCUGAUGACUCUGGACGAGUUAAUGAAGAAAUUGAUCAUUAUUUUACGUAUUUGAGUCGUGUUAAUCUUCUGAGGUUGUUAAUCUCCUCCAGUUGUUCUGAGGUUCCUGCCAUUCAAGAGCUAACCAAACCAGAUCUUGCAAGGCGUGUCAGAGACAGGUUGGUCGCCGAAGAUCGUUUUGAGCUAGCAAUGGAAGUGUCCACAAAAUGUCAGUUGGAUAGCAACACAGUGUGGAUUGCCUGGGGUAUGGGCUGCAUUAAAGCAGGAGAAUUUCAAAUGGCCAGAGACAAAUUCCACCACUACUUUCAUGGUGGUACACAGCUUUCUGGUGGUGCUUUUUUGAUUGAGAGAAUUGUUGAACAAAUAUUAUCCUGUCCCCUUGCCUCCAUGAAGAACAGUGAUGAUUGGAACAAUAGCAUGAGACUUCUUGUAGAGCAUAAGCAAGACAGCAGUUUCAUUACUGAUAGAAAAUACGAGGAAUGUUUGUUUUACUUGAAGAAUUAUGGUACUGCAGCAGCAAUGAUUGGCUUCCUUGCUAGACACCAUUACUGGAAGGAUGCUUGCCAGCAAGCUUAUACCAAGCAUUGCUCCAACGAUGUCUUUGUUGAUCAGAUAUGGCUCCCAGCUCUGAAAUGUGGUCAGUUGGAUAACUUGGAGGAAGCUCUCACACGCAUUGACCCUUCACUCUCUGUAUGGGAACAAUACCUCACUGGAGUUUGUAGAUUUCUAUCUCAGAGGAAACUAUUCCAUGUUCUCUAUAGAAUACAACUAUUUAUGAAGGAUUUUGUUCGUGCUGCUAUGACUUGCAUUAAGUUCUUCAUUGGGUUCUCAGGUCACAAGACAACUCUCAGUGACCUGUAUGGUAGAAAGCAUUAUCUGGAGACAGCCAGGAAUCACUUUAGGACUGCAAUUGAUGCUAGAGUGAAGAGGAGUGCUAGUUUCAGUACUACAGAACUAGAGGGUCACAUGCGAACCAUCAGCUUACAAAUGAGAGUCAUUGAUCAACUCCAUAAAGCAGCUGCUACUAAUAACACCCUCAAUAAACCAGUACCAGUCACUAGCAUGGGAGACUCUGGUGUCCAACCUUCCACACUGUUUGGGAAUGGGGCAGUGAGGGGAGAGGUAGCAGCUCAUGUAAGG